GCUGUUUCUAGAGUCUUCUCCUUCGUCUAUUAAGAGUCAUCCACUCUUCUCUCCGUAGAUCUCACUCGUCCGAACUAUCUGUUCCUUAGGGGUUGUCGUCUUCUUCCUCCCUCCUCAGUCACCAUGUUCGUUUCGUUUCGUUUCCAAUCUCGCUUCCAACGCCAGGAUUGCAAGUAACACACGACAAGUAAAUGGUGCAUUGGUAUCCAGCAGAAUGAGCUGGAGCAGGAACUAUUCAGUGAAAGAGAUUAAGUUUGGGGUUGAAGCUCGUGCUUUGAUGCUUAAGGGUGUUGAAGAGCUUGCCGAUGCUGUCAGAGUCACCAUGGGUCCCAAGGGAUGUAAUGUUGUGAUUGAGCAAAGUUGGGGAGCUCCUAAAGUGACUAAAGAUGGUGUCACCGUUGCUAAAAGCAUUUAGUUUAAGUAUAAAGUGAAAAAAGUUGGUGCCAGUCUUGUCAAGCAAGUUGCUAAUGCUACUAAUGACGUUGCCGGUGAUGGUACUACUUGUGAUACUGUACUCACCAGGGCGAUAUUAACCGAAGGUUGCAAAUCAGUUGCCACAGGGAUGAACGCUAUGGACCUAAGGCGAGGUAUUUCCAUGCCGGUGGAUGCUGUGGUGACUAACCUUAAAAGCAGGGCUAGGAUGAUCAGCACAUCCGAAGAGAUUGCUCAGGUUGGGACCAUUUCUGCAAAUGGAGAGAGGGAGAUUGGUGAGCUGAUUGCUAAGGCUAUGGAGAGGGUUGGCAAAGAAGGUGUAAUCACCAUCCAAGACGGAAAGACGUUGAUUAAUGAGUUGGAAGUUGUAGAAGGGAUGAAGCUGGACAGAGGUUAUACAUCCCCUCACUUUAUCACCAAUCAGAAAACCCAAAAAUGUGAACUGGAAGAGCCUCUCAUUCUUAUCCAUGAGAAGAAGAUCUCAUCUAUCAACUCUGUAGAGGAUGAAUUCGACCAUCCCUCAAGGUCCGAAGAAUAGACGGCUCGGCCCAUACUAAGCGUAGCAACAGCUCGAAGCGGCGGCUCGGAGCGCUGAUCUCUCGGCGCGACAUGAGAGUACUUUUAGUCAGUCGCGCAUCGACUAAACACAGUCGGCUCAACGGCUCCUCGAAGCGAUGUGGGCUUCUCGGCCCAGCGAGUUAAAAGCACAUAAAAGUGACGCGAGCUAGGUCACGGAAGAGCACCAAGUCGGUUAUAAAAGAGAGGAGGGAGACAACGUAGAGGGGAUCCAAAAUCAUUCACACAUACUUGGCGACUAGAUUAGGGUUUUCCCUUUAUUAUCUUGCCGUGUUGUAUCUUUCCGUUAAAGCUCUUCGAGCUUUGGCAUCCUUUCCUUUACGCAUUUCCUUUCCUUGUAACCGACGAAACGCUUUUCCGACCAUCAAUAAGACGUCUUUGCUUAA